CUCUCCACGUACGCAAACAUGGUUAUAAAACUCUUAUGUAUUUUUCUUCCUUUUCCCUUUAGUUUCACGUUAAGAAUUGAUUUCCAUGGAAUGAAGGUUGGUGUAGUUGGUGUUUGUUUAAAAAAUAAUUUAUGGUGUUUGCCGUGUAUUGUGUAGAGUGUGAGUGUGAAACUAGAAAGUUAAUCUGACAGAACCCGACUGUUAUAUAUUUUGUUACCAAGCAAAAACCAAAAUAAAUUAAGCCGAUGCCUCGAAUUGGUUUCACUCUAUGGUGUCUUUGUCUGAUGAAAAAGUUUAGUCCAGUUACAAUAAGAGAAAUACAAAGACUAAUUCUUGAAACUAAUUCUGUAUAUUUUCAGAUAAAAUGAUUUUACAGUACCCACAGAAAACACUCAAUUGAGAAUGUGAAAAAUAGAAUUUAUAAAAGAUUGUUGAGUGGCGAGGAACAUCAGGGAUCAAAUAUGGAGAAACGAAAAGUGCUUCGACAACGAAGCAUUGAUAAAGAGGCAGAGAAAGCCAAACGGCAGAAAACAUUACAAACCACGCUAUCUAAAAUCAUCAAGAAAGGAGAUGAAGAAUUGACAAGAGAGGAGGUAGACUUACUGGAGGACAACGAUGAAAUUGUUCAGGGGCUCAGGGCUCGGAAGAGUAAGGGUAUAGAGCAGAAGGACAGAAUGAAGGAGUACGAGGAUGAUAUGGAUGUAUUGAAGAAGAAGUGUAUGAAGCUAGCUGAAGCUAUCUCUAGAUCUAAACGUCUAGUAGUAUAUACAGGAGCAGGGAUAUCAACUAGUGCUAAUAUACCGGAUUACAGGGGGCCUAAUGGAGUCUGGACGCUUCUAGAUCAGGUAUGGAAGACUAGACUUUUUAUUUACAGAUUUAAGAAUUUUCGUUUUCUGGUAUCCUAUAGAAAACUUGUCAACCCAAGGUCUGGUAAAAGAAAGAAGAAAGGACACUCGAAGAAAGCCAUGAUAUUAGUUCAAGCUUUGCAGGUUGCAACGGAUAAUUUUGUUUGGCGGGGUGAAAGUAUUGCUACUGAGGUUCCAGAAGCUAAACAAGAUGUUAUAAUAGCAGUAGGAGAUAUUAGAGCUCGUGGAACAGCAAUGACUGUGAGUGCAAACGAGUUUGCUUCAGAUCCAUGUUCACAGGAUAAACGAAAUAAUAUGGUCUUCUGUGCCAGAGAACUUUUAGCAUCAGUAGCAAGAUUAUUGAUUAUCGCGGAUAUGAUUGAUGUCCACGUGUUGAUGAGUGCCGUCUACUGUGUUAACAAUGAUAUUGAAUUCUUCAGACAUUUACGGAGUCCGCCUGAUCUGAUGGAAGGAAUGAGAAGAUUUCAGAAGUCCGCUCAUCAGCUUGGAGUACAGGCGGGGAAACGACAAGCAGAACUUAAGGAUAAUGAGAUGCAGUAUGAACUAGCAAGUGCUAGAGCUGUAUUGAAGAAAACUACUCCACUUCUCUUUACAGCUUGUAAUGUUCAUGUCAGGUAUCCAGAUAUGACAAGGUCGACAGAAAACAAAGAUUUGGUAAUUCGAGAUGUGUGCAGGGCUGUGACGAGAAUAGGAGAUAUAGCGGAAGGAAAGGAGGAUCUUCUUCUUCAUACUAAAUAUAAUCCCAGUCUGGUUGAAAGAUUGUUAGAACUGAAGACCUGCCUGAAAGAGAACGAGGAAUGGGUUGAAAGCAUCAAUUUCCUAGUUGAGCUGUUUGCAGAGAUACGAACAAGAAUAACUGGACUCACUGUAAUACAAGAAAAUAACAAAGAAAAACAGAUUGAGAUUGAAGAGUUAUGCACCGAAUUAGAAAACUUGUUCGACCGACAGAAAAGAAACCAGUUGGAAGAAACCGGGUUAAGGGAGAAGCUUAUACAACUCAUGGAUACAUUAAACCUGGUCCUACAGCAGCUAAUAUACAACCAGGUGUGCUCCAGGUUUGUGGAGCUGGGUAGACCGAUCAACUCUAUUAUCACCUCAGCUAGGAAAGGAAGAGUAAAGGAUACUCUCGAAAAAUCAGAAGCCCUGAGGGCCCAGUGCAAUAGUUUGACCAGCCUGGCUACUAUGGUGGCGGAGUUAGCUGUUCAGGAUGAAGAGAAAAAACUUUUAGAUCUUGCUAAAACCCAGCUUGAGAACUUGUGUACACAAGUAAUAAACGCGGGAAAUAUUCUGGCGGAGAUACCUAAAAGUGCAGCUGCUCAGGAGAAUAGUGAACUAUUUAAACAUGCUUGGAUUAAUCAGAUGCGCCUGCUAGUAGAUGCAGUAGAUGAGAUGGUUCCUCUACCCCCUGUUCUAGAUGUUCUAGAGACUCAGCUCAUUGCUGAUGUCGGAGCAGCCUGUAAAGCUCUGCAGAAUCGAAGAAGUCAGGAUGUAAACCAGCUUUCAAGAAAUAUAUACUACAGAACUCUUAGCAUCGAGAGCAUGGCGGCCAACUAUUUCGGCAAAUAA